AUGUCGCCGUCCUCCAACGGCGACUCACCGCAUUCGGUCACAGCCACCAUGACGACCGCUGCCAGCGCCACCGUGGUUAGGCAGUAUCCAAUGCCGAAUCGGGAUUUCACCGUCGACAUCCCGUCGCCCCAACUAGCCGCCGGUUCCAAUGGCGCGGGCCUGCUCAAGUCGCCAAACUCGCUGAAGGCAGCGCGGGCGGCUUCCAACUUUAGUCGGGAAGGCAUACUCGGCUCGGCCCAGAAAGCCCGGAACCUGUCACAGUCGUCAGAUAACAGGCCAGACGGGGUCCCGAAUGGCAUCCCGAAGUCCACGAGCGAAGAGAGCAUUAAUCCGCUGAAGAGGAGGAACACAGACGCAGCGGUAGAUUAUCCGAGGCGGAGAGCGACCAUUGCCUGCGAAGUGUGCCGCUCGAGAAAGUCGCGAUGCGACGGCACGAAACCGAAAUGCAAGCUCUGCACGGAGCUGGGCGCCGAGUGCAUCUACCGGGAGCCCGGUAUCAAGCUGGACGCCGGCGACAAGCUCAUCCUAGAGCGCCUAAACAGGAUCGAGAACCUCCUCCAGAUGAAUAUGGUGGGCCACGGCAACGGCAUAAGUCUUUCUCACGACUCACCAAAUAUGAGCAACGGCACCGCACUCAGCGGGGACAACCUCAUGAUACGGAACGCGAACAACGAGUUCGUCUCCAUCAUUCCUAGCGGCGGCAUAGGCACCUGGUCCGCGACGGCCACCAACAUAUCAACCAUGCCAAAGGUGCACACAAACGCGGCCCUGCACCUACUGCAAUGGCCGCUCAUCAGAGACUUGGUCUCGCGGCCGUACGACCCUCAAAUCCUGCUCCAGCUCGAGAUGGCCCGCGAGCCGCUGCACUCGCUCGCCAAGACGCCCUGCGUGGACUUGUCUAAUACCAAUGCCUACAUCGAGGCCUACUUUGACCGGGUCAACAUCUGGUACGCCUGCGUCAACCCAUACACGUGGCGGAGCCACUACCGGAUCGCGUUAUCAAACGGUUUCCGAGAAGGGCCAGAGAGUUGCAUCGUGCUCCUCGUCUUGUCUCUCGGGCAAGCGAGUCUGCGGGGGAGCAUAUCAAGGAUCGUUCCGCACGAGGACCCGCCCGGCCUGCAGUAUUUCACCGCUGCUUGGUCGUUGCUCCCCGGCAUGAUGACCUCCAAUAGCGUGCUUGCCGCGCAAUGCCACCUGCUCGCCGCCGCUUACCUCUUCUACCUGGUGAGACCACUGGAGGCAUGGAACCUGCUCUGCACCACGAGCACGAAACUGCAGCUCCUGCUCAUGACGCCGAACCGAGUCCCGACCGACCAGAGAGAGUUGAUCGAGAGAAUCUACUGGAAUUCGCUCCUUUUCGAGAGCGACUUGCUGGCCGAGCUGGAUCUGCCCCACUCGGGCGUUGUCGCGUUCGAAGAGAACGUCGGCCUGCCCUGCGGCUUCGAGGGAGACGAGCAAGAGGCGGUUGGGCGGGACGAGCUGUGGUAUUUCUUGGCCGAGAUCGCGCUGCGGCGGCUCUUGAACCGGGUCAGCCAACUCAUCUACUCCAAGGACUCGAUGGCAUCGACGACCAGUCUCGAGCCGGUCGUCGCCGAACUCGACUUCCAACUAACGCAGUGGUACGAGAGCCUGCCCGUGCCCCUGCAAUUUCCCUUUACGCGCACCAUGCUCCCGGAUCCGGUACAGACGGUGCUGAGGCUACGAUUCUUUGCCUGCCGGACCAUCAUCUACCGGCCGUACAUCCUCGCUGUUCUGGACAACGAGCAGGCCAUAUUGGACCCCGCGGUGCGGGACAGUUGCACUAAGUGCCUAGAAGCCUCCGUCCGGCAAUUGGAGCACAUUGCCGCGCAUCACGCCGGACACAUGCCGUACCUUUGGCAAGGAGCCCUCUCCAUCGUGUCGCAAACCUUGCUCGUCAUGGGCGCCACGAUGUCACCGUCGCUGUCUUCGAUCCUCUGGAGCCUUGUACCCCACCGCGAGGCUAUCGACCAGAUCAUCAACGACGUGGUCAUGGAGAUUGAACGCUUCGCCGUCCUGUCUCCCAGUCUCAGCCUCUCGGCCGAGAUAAUAAAGGAAGCCGAAGUCCGGCGCCGGACCUUCCUGAGCGGUUGA